AUGAGCGGGAGCGUCUGUGAAUGGAUCACUGUCCGCGAUCGGGGCGCAAUCGAGAUUUCAUGGUCAGACCAAUUACGGCCCACCAAGCAUGAACAUCGGCUGCUGAAUGUUCGAAAAGUGCAGAUGUGGGUGGGGGCCAGUCAGCUGCCGGAUCGCUAUUGGUACAAAAACGGCGCAUGCAGCACCAGGGAGGCUGCCCGCGUCGGAGUUCUUGCAAAGACAUGGCUGCAAACAACUGCCACCAAGCAGCCAAGCGCAGGACCUCCAGGAGCUAUCCUGACCCUGGAAGACCACCAGGCUCCAGAAGCACCUACGUCACACCCACUCCCUGAACCAGGCACCAGCGCGGAUACCAGCACUCUGUUCACUGUUAGAAUGCCUCCAUUUAACAUCAACUCCAUCAAUUCUGCUGAGUUCAGUUUUGAGGAGCCUGAGAAAAUUGAUUCAACUCCAGCAACAGUAUCAGAGAAUGUGAUAACAGUAACUGACACUCUUCCAUCAAAGGAUGAUGGGGUACAGGAGGAGGAUGAAGAGGAAGAUCCCUGGGCUCUGCCUCAGAUUCAGAGUCAUGGACCCAAGUGGAGCGAACUGGAUCCAGCUGGGAAGAUGGAGCAUGUUCUGAAAGGGAUUGUGAUGGGCAGCCUCCUUAUUGCCCUCCUCUAUUUCUUUGUUUGUUCUCUUGAUGUCCUAAGCUCUGCAUUUCAACUGGUUGGAGGGAAAGUGGCUGGUGACUUAUUUGGUGAUAACACAAUUCUGGCCAACCCCAUUGCUGGCCUGAUGCUGGGGGUCUUGGUGACGAUCCUGGUGCAGAGUUCCAGCACAUCCUCAUCCAUUGUGGUCAGCAUGGUCUCCUCGGGGUUGCUCAAUGUCAAAGCAUCUAUUCCAAUUAUCAUGGGGGUCAAUGUGGGAACAUCAGUGACCAGCACCUUGGUGUCCUUGGCCCAGUCUGGAGAACAAAAUGAGUUCAGGAGGGCCUUUGCAGGUUCGGCAGUGCAUGGGAUAUUUAACUGGAUGACAGUUAUCAUCUUAUUUCCAACUGAGGUUGGAACUGGGCUCCUGUACCACGUCAGCAAGGCCUGUAUCGAGAGCUUCAACAUCCAGUCAGGAGAGACCUCACCGGACAUCCUGAAAGUCAUCACAGAGCCCUUCACGCAGCUUAUCAUCAAGCUGGAUCAAUCUGUGAUUUCAGCCAUUGCAACUGGAGAAACAGGAGCCAGGAACAGGAGUCUCAUCCAGAAAUGGUGUGAAUUUAAUGACAUAAUGGUUCUGAAAAACGUAACAGUGACAAAUCAGACUGAUUGUGAGAUUUUGCACUGCUUUGAAAUGGGGAACGAGACAGUUACACUGAAAAAUGAGACAGAAACCAAGAACCUUCAGCUAUGUCACCACAUAUUUGUGAACACAACCCUCUCUGAUACUGCAGUUGGGGUCAUCCUGCUCAUAGCAUCAUUGCUUGUUCUCUGUAUCUGCCUCAUCCUCAUCGUAAAGCUAUUGAAUACCGUUCUGAAAGGGAAGAUGGCGCAAAUUAUGAAAAAAGUGAUCAAUACAGGUAUGGAGCAACCAUCCAAUUUGAACUUCCCAGCAACACCCACUUACAACAAGCAUUAA